CUCAAACUUGACACCUCAGCACCCCCUACUACUCUCCCCUCCUUUCUCAUUCACUUUGUACUUGCGAUGAGGACGCCAAUGUUUUGUACCGCGGCAGCGGGCGUACUUUCCAUCGCUUCUGCAAGCCCCUUGAAACCAAGAAACAAUGGAACGAUGGUAUAUGAGUUUACCGAUCUCACCCCAUCCCCUGAACUAAAUUGGGCUCCUUGUUACGACAACUUCACAUGCGCAUACCUAGAGGUUCCCCUCGACUACGCAAACUCCUCAAUUGGAACAACGAACAUCGCUUUCAUAAAAAAGUGGUCCCAAAACUCUUCUGCUGAGGAUAUCCUAGUCAACCCAGGCGGACCCGGUGGCUCUGGGGUAGGUUAUAUUAUGGCAAACCUCGAGGUCCUCGAAACCAAAUUCGGUCCGCAGUACAAUUACGUCGGUUUCGAUCCCAGGGGUGUGAGCAGAAGUGGCCCUAGUCUAGAUUGCUUUCCUGGGUUUCCGAUAGCCCGAAACAUCUUUGACGCAGAAAUGUUCACGGCUGUCGACGAUAGCACUGAGUCUUCAUUAGCGAAAUCUUUUCAGAGAUCGGCUGCAUUUGGCAAGUGGUGUACCGAAGUACUCGCCAUUAAUGGAACUGCUCAAUAUGCUGGAACAGUGGCUGUUGCCAAUGACAUGCUUCACUACAUUGAGCUGCGCGCGAAGGAGCUUGGACACCCACCCGAAGAAGCAAAGCUCUGGUACUAUGGUAUGAGUUACGGAAGCGUUCUCGGCGCUACAUAUGCUGCACUAUUUCCCAACCGCAUUGGAAGAUUAGUCAUCGACGGCGUCGUCGACUCCGAAGACUAUUAUUAUAAUGGCUGGAGGACAGCACUUGAAACAACAGAUGAAGACAUGAAGACAUUCUACAAAUACUGUUACGAAGCUGGACCCGAACUCUGCUUAUUCCACCAAAACGCGACCUCUCCGGAAGAACUGGAAAAGCGUGCGAUUGCGACCUUAGAAUCUCUGAAGAAAUCCCCAAUUGUUUUUGCCGAUCCUGCAACUGGUGUUGCUCCAGUCAUUGUAACUUGGCAAGAUGUCAUCGCAAUCGCCUUCUCCAUCAGCUAUUCACCGAUCUCAGGAUUCCCGGGCUGGGAUUUGGUAUUGACUGGAUUAGAAAAGGGAAAUGCAACAUUGGCGGCCAUAUCAACAAUGAAAGCUCAAAUUCUCGUCCCGCCCACGGAAAACUUCCAAGAUUCGAGAACACUUAUUGCGUGCAUUGACAAUGCCGGCCGAUUCAACACAUCCACCUUUGAAACGUACGAGGAGCACAUUGAAUACCUAUUCAAUCAGAGUUAUUACGGCGGACCGAUCAUUGGAUCGAUUGUCGGCCCCGCUUGUCGGUCGGUUAAUAUCUACCCUCCAGAGAGUCAACUAUUUAAAGGCAUACCGUCAGCAAACAAAACCAGCAACCCGAUCCUCUUCAUCGGAAACAAAUUGGAUCCUAUCACCCCCCUUUCGAGCGCAAAGAAGAUGUCUUCGCUAUUCGCUGGAUCUGAGGUUAUAACAGUUGAUGCGGUCGGUCAUACUACUUCUGGUCUUUGCUCUAAAUGCCUUGACAAAUACACGAUGGCGUACAUGGCCGAUGCGACCCUUCCGCCUCCAAAUACAGUCUUUUGGCUCCAAUAUUAA